GUCCAAAAAAGCAUCAUCAUUGCGAUACGAAAAUUUGCCGACUGCAUUAUUUCGAAAGACUCUUAAUAAAUAUUUUGUUUUACAAUAAUCUAAUAAAUUAACUAAAGAUGUCUUCACGUUACGAUCGUGCUGUAACUAUUUUCUCACCCGACGGCCAUUUACUUCAGGUUGAAUAUGCCCAAGAAGCGGUUCGCAAGGGUUCAACAGCGGUUGGCGUUCGUGGCGGCAACUGUGUCGUCCUAGGCGUUGAGAAGAAAUCGGUCGUCAAGCUACAGGAAGAUCGCACAGUUCGUAAGAUUUGCGUACUUGAUCAUCACGUUGUGAUGGCUUUUGCGGGCUUAACUGCAGAUGCACGCAUUCUCAUUAACCGUGCUCAGGUCGAGUGCCAGAGUCAUCGCCUUAACGUUGAGGAUCCAGUGACCCUCGAGUACAUUACCAGAUAUAUCGCACAACUGAAACAAAAGUACACUCAGAGCAAUGGACGUCGUCCAUUUGGCAUUUCAUGCCUCAUUGGGGGCUUUGACGCUGAUGGUUCUCCCCAUCUAUUCCAGACAGAACCAUCUGGCAUAUUCUAUGAAUACAAAGCCAAUGCAACCGGACGUUCAGCCAAAACAGUUCGCGAAUUCUUUGAGAAAACGUAUCGCGAGGAGGAAGUUAGCACCGAACGUGGAGCCGUUAAAUUGGCAAUUCGCGCUCUUCUUGAGGUGGCUCAAUCUGGUCAAAAUAACUUGGAAGUGGCCAUUAUGGAAAAUGGCAAGCCCCUAAAAAUGCUGGAUCGCAAUGUUAUAUUGGAGUAUGUGAACAUCAUUGAAAAGGAGAAGGAAGAGGAGCUGGAAAAGAAAAAGCAGAAAAAGUAAUACCCAAAUAGCUGUUUGCUAGGUUCUUUAACAUCUUUUCGGCAUACCGGAGGUAUCUUUUUAAUUUCAUAUUUUUGUAAAAUUUGAAAUACUGUAAAAUGAAAAAUCUAUAAGGAUAUGUAUAAAAUACAUGGUGGAAAAUACACAUGA